AUGGAGGAAGGCUAUGAACUUGACCUCACUUACAUCACAGAGCGAAUCAUCGCUGUAUCCUUUCCUGCUAACUGUUCUGAGGAAACUUACUUCCACAAUCUUCAAGACGUAACCCGAAUGCUCAAAUCCAAACAUGGAGAUAAUUACUUGGUGUUAAACCUCUCUGGGAAGAGAUAUGACCUUGCUAAGCUUAACCCAAAGAUUAUGGAUGUAGGGUGGCCUGAUCUCCAUGCUCCACCACUUGAUAAGGUGUGCACCAUCUGCAAGGCUAUGGAGUCAUGGCUGAACAGUGAUCCUCAACAUGUGGUGGUGAUUCAUUGUAGAGGAGGAAAAGGAAGGAUAGGUGUAGUCAUAUCAUCAUAUAUGCACUUCACCAAUGUUUCUGCUAGCGCUGAUCAGGCUCUAGACAGAUUUGCUAUGAAGAAAUACUUUGAUGAUAAAGUUUCAGCUUUAAUGCAGCCAUCCCAAAGAAGAUACGUACAGUUCUUAAGUGGCCUUCUAUCUGGAUCUGUGAAAAUGAAUGCAAACCCUCUUUUCCUGCACUAUGUUAUCCUUCAUGGCAUCCCAAACUUUGAUGCUGGAGGAGCUUGCCAGCUUUUUCUGAAGUUAUACCAGGCUAUGCAACCAGUUUAUACAUCUGGAAUAUAUAGUGUAGGGUCAGAAAAUCAAAGCCGAAUCUGCAUAGCUAUAGACCCUGCCCAGCUUUUGAAGGGAGAUAUUACGCUCAAGUGUUACCAUAAAAAGUACCGGUCAGCUACUCGUGAUGUGGUUUUUCGCCUUCAGUUUCAUACUGGAGCCAUUCAAGGACACAACCUGGUGUUUGGCAAAGAUGAUUUGGACAAUGCCAACAAAGAUGACCGUUUCCUUGAUUAUGGCAAAGUGGAAUUAGUUUUUUCAGAAACUCCAGAGAAGAUUCAAGGAUGUGAACACCUUCAGAAUGACCGUGGAGUGAUAGUUGAUUACAGUACCUCAGACCCACUCAUACGCUGGGACUCCUAUGAAAAUAUGAGCCCUGAUGGGGAAGUGCUGCAUACCCAAGGUCCAAUCGACGGCAGUCUGUAUGCAAAAGUGAGAAAGAAAAGCUCUUCAGACAGCAGUAUCCCUGGUGUUGCUCAGGGUGUUCCCAUGACUGGCAGUCCUCAUCACAGUGAUCAUACCCUGUCUGUCAGCAGUGAUUCAGGACACUCAACAGCUUCCAUCAGGACAGACAAGACUGAGGAGCGUCUUGUGCCAGGAGUCAAACGGGAUCUGAGCCCGCAAGAGAAGGCAGAACUAGACCAGCUGCUUAGUGGCUUUGGUCUGGAGGAUUCUGUCAGCACCACCAAGGAUAUGACUGAGGCUCGAAGCAAGUACAGUGGGACUCGCCACAUAGUGCCAGCUCAAGUUCAUGUGAACGGAGACAAUAAACUGAAGGAUAGGGAGACUGAUAUUCUGGAUGACGAAAUGCCUAAUCAUGACCUUCACAGUGUGGACAGCAUUGGGACUUUGUCUUCUUCAGAAGGGCAGCACUCUAUCCACCUAGGGAACUUGAGUUGCCACAAGAGCAGUCAGAACUCACUUCUUUCAGAUGGCUUUGGAAGUAACACUGGGGAAGAUCAUCACAGUGCUUUUGCCCCGGAUCUGGGAAUUGGUGUGGAUUCCCUUUAUGAGAGAUCAUUUGGAAGCACUGAGCCAAAGUCAACUCAGCAAUUGCAGCGGAAUCCUUCUGUCCCACCCCAGUCUCAAGCUUAUGGCCCAAGUAGCUACUCUACUCAGACCUGGGUAUGCCAGCAGCAGAUGGUCACUGCUCACCAAUAUGGUUUUACCCCAGAAAAUGAAAUUAUAGUUGACAUUCAUAACACUGUGGUGAAUUCAGGCAGUGUCCAAAGCCAGUCCCAAGUCCCAGACACCCCAACAUGUGGCUCUGGUAGCAGAGAUGCUGUACAGAGGGUACUAGGAAGUGUGCCAGAUAUUGCUGAAGCUGCAGAGCAUGCCACUGCUGAGGGUUUUAAGUCAAGGCCAGUACCUCAGAGGGAUACAAAUGGCCUGGAUCUAAGAGGGGAUGUAGGGGAUUUGCCAGCUUCUCCAACUUUGGAUAUUGAUCAGUCGAUUGAACAACUGAACAGGCUUAUCUUGGAGUUAGACCCUACAUUUGAACCUAUCCCAACCCGCAUUAACACUGUCAUCAGGGACAGAAAUCAAGUAAAUGGCUUCACCAGCCUUGAUGCAGAUGUGGAAAAGCUUGGCAGAAGUCCUGGCUUCCAUGACAAAUUGGAGGCCACAGACAGGAAUGUGUCCUGGCAUGGUGUGCAAGAUGAUAAUGCAACAAGGGGAAGGAUCAGAAAAUUAAGUAUUGGGCAGUAUGACAAUGAUGUCCCUGGGCAGCCAUCAUAUAACAGGUGUGGGUGGAUGAAGUCUCCUGCUACUGACCAGGCUGUAAAUCCAGGAUCACCAGUUCCUGUAGGGGAGACCAAGCAGAUGGCUGUUGCAUGUUACCAAGAUGAAAUAGAUGGGAGAAUCUUCUCCCCAACAAAAAAUGGAAAUGAAGCUGAGUCAUUCACACCAGCUUUUCCCCUAUCACCAGAGACAUCGUAUGUGAAAACACCUCCACUAUACCAUCAGCAGCUUCCCUCUAGCCAAAAGGUCAGCAGCUCGUUUGAGCUGUACAGAACCAGUCCUGAAUCUCAAAGUUGCACGGAAGCCAUUAACCACUCUAUGGUGAUGUCUGACAGCACUGUGGGUACUAACCCUACUUUGUUGAGGGCCAACAUGCAGAUGGAUCCUUCCUUUCAGCAUUGUUUUGCAUCUUCAUAUGUUGUUUCAAGUAACAGUCUUAUCCCAGGUGGAGAAAGCUCUUCUGCAACACAACGUCCUUGGCUUGAAAGCAGUGCCAAAGCUUCCCAGUCGCUCCAGCUUUCAGUGGGAAACAGCAGGCUGCCAGGAGGUUACCUUGUGCCCUCUGAAUUUUCAAACACCAUGCAAGAUGUCUCUCUCUUGUCUCAUUUCCAAACACCAGAACUGCAAGUUGUCACCCUGAGCAGCCUGGAAAAUUCACUAGCAGAGCCACAGCAAGAACCCGCUUCCAGCAGCAGUACCCGGGCCUACCUGAGCUACACUGGGGGCAACAUGGGCAGUAGGACCCCCCGAGAGGAGAAGCAAGCUACUUUCAUAGCCAAUACUGGCAUCUCUCCUAAAAGCAUGAGUUUAUCAGUGGCAAGUGCCGAGGACAAUGGCUUUUUGACACAAAACUUUCUUACAGUGACCCCUGGACACGAUAGCCAGAAUAGUGUGGUUCAGCAGCACCAUGGUGGGAACCUACAUACUCAACCACCUCUUCCAGAGAAAAAGAGGACCUCUGAAGGAGACCGUUCCUUUGCCUCCAUCUCACCUUCUUCAAGUGGCUUCUCUAGUCCCCACAGCGGAAGCACAAUCAGCAUCCCAUUCCCAAAUGUCCUCCCAGAUUUCUCAAAAAUGAUAAGCACUUCCCCAGUGUCAGAAAACACAGCUGAUAAACAUGUGACCGUAAAAUUUGUCCAGGACACAUCGAAGUUUUGGUAUAAGCCAGAUAUUUCAAGAGAACAAGCCAUUGCAGUUCUCAAGGACAAGGAACCUGGUUCAUUCAUUGUUCGAGACAGUCAUUCUUUUCGGGGAGCCUACGGCCUAGCAAUGAAGGUUGCUACACCACCUCCUACUGUGCUGCAAUUAAACAAGAAAGUUGGAGAUUUGUCAAAUGAACUUGUAAGACAUUUUCUGAUUGAAUGCACUCACAAGGGAGUACGCUUGAAAGGAUGCCCAAAUGAACCAUAUUUUGGGAGUUUGACAGCUCUGGUGUAUCAGCAUUCCAUCACUCCACUGGCAUUGCCUUGCAAGCUUCUCAUCCCAGACAGAGAUCCUUUGGAGGAGAUAGCAGAAACUUCUCCACAAACUGCUGCCAACUCAGCAGUGGAGCUUCUCAAGCAGGGUGCAGCAUGUAAUGUUUGGUACCUGAAUUCAGUGGAGAUGGAGUCCCUCACGGGCCACCAGGCAGUACAGAAAGCCUUGAGCAUGACAUUGAUGCAAGAUCCUUCUCCAAACUCAACUGUUGUCCAUUUCAAGGUGUCUGCACAGGGAAUCACAUUGACAGAUAAUCAAAGAAAACUCUUUUUUCGGCGACAUUAUCCAGUCAACACUGUUAUUUUCUGUGCUUUGGAUCCACAGGAGAGAAAAUGGAUGAAAGAUGGCCUUUCUGCAAAAGUAUUUGGGUUCGUUGCCAGGAAGCAAGGCAGUGCCACAGACAAUGUGUGCCACCUGUUUGCAGAGCAUGAUCCAGAGCAACCUGCCAGUGCUAUUGUGAACUUUGUUUCAAAGGUCAUGAUCGGAUCCCAGAAGAAGAUCUGA